AUGGCUACGCCUCCGAGAGUGGGCGUAUUCCGAAAGUCCAUGAUGAUCAACCCUCGCAUCAUUGAGGCUCCUUUAGGAAAGCCCAGGCUCAGAGGAUUCUCCAUCCCAGGACCAGACUUCACUUAUGGAGUUGCAGGAGAGAUCCAUGAAGGAGUUUCCCAGGUGCUGUCAGGGUGGAGGCAACAAGAACCACCUGGCCUGGCAACGCGGGACUCGUGUCCGCUGGACUUUGUGGCUCUGAACCGUAACGCGGUGAAAUCUGGUGUCACCACGGCCAAAGAGCUGCACCGCUACCGAGCCCUGAGGCCGCCCUCCGCGUCCCAGCCAAUCAGGAGGAAGCAGCAGAAGAGCCAGCCAAAAAGCCAGCCGAAGAGCCAGCCGAGUACGGACAACACCUACGGGGUCAAGAGCAGAGACGACAAGCUGUGGCCAAAGAAACAAGAGCCGUUUUUCUAUAACCGAGUGGAGCUUAAAGAUCCACAUUUUAAGUCUGGAGACCUGAGCGUGAUCCUGAAGAACGUCACUGAAGACGACAGUGGGACGUACACGUGUGAGGCUCUGGUUAAUACUACAGAAGGAAAGAAGACAGUUAAAAACACUGUGGAAAUCUCUGUGACUUCAGGUUCGGUCUCUCUGAAUCAGUCUGCAGAGGAUGAGCAGCUGGAGUGUCUGUCACCAGAGGGCGACACAGUUCAGGAUCUAAUGUGGGCCAAAGUGAAAGGGAAUCAGACAGCCAUCCUCAUCAGGAUGAAAGAUGGCAGAGUGGACUACAUAGAUCCUUCUUUCACAAAGCGAGUGAAACUGCAAGGUCCAAGGCUCCUGAAUAUGACCUUAGGGAAUGUGACGACUAAAGACAGCGGGACAUACGUCUGUGAGACUCGAUCUAAGAACUCAGCUGGAAUCCACAAGAUCCACGUGCACUUCGUUCAUCUCACAGUAGAACAAGUGAGUCCAAACCGGUCCCAGUUCUUCAGAUUUGACCAAGUGUUACUGAGCUGUGGGAGCACUGGAGACUGGGCUGUGUUCAGAAACACCAGCACAGUCAGCAGGAAGCCCUGUGGACAGGACUGGGGCAAGUUGAAUGGUUCUGUGUGUGAGAUCGAGUCACUCUAUUCUGAUGACAGUGGUCUGUACUGGUGUGAGAGAGACGGACACCGCUCUGCAGCUGUGAACAUCACAGUUCAUGAACAAAGAGAGACAAGCACCAGCCCUCCUCUUGCUUCGUCCAAGCAAAAAAUUGCUACUUCAACCUCUGCCCCGGUCAAAGCCCCCUCCUCUGGGCUUUUCGUCCCUCUGUUCUGCUCCAUCAUGGGUCUGCUGCUGCUUCUGCUGCUGCUUCUGCUGCUGCUGCUGCUGUGGGUCAAAUGCUGCAGACACAAGCACAAUGAAGGUGUGAGAGACGGCUCUUGUUCAGGGGAGUUUGUGGCUGAUGAAAUCACCUACAGCGACAUAUUACAUCAUCGGCAGAGACGACCAAUCACACGCUCAGAGAAUGUGCAGAGUCCAGUUCAUUCAUCUGUGAAAACUGAAGAAAUCCAGUACUCUUCAGUCAACAUCAAGACUCGAGGAAAAGGUCGUGUCAGACGCACAGAAAAAGAGAAUGUGCAGAGUCCAGUUUAUUCAUCUGUGAAAACUGAAGGAAUCCAGUACUCUUCAGUCAACAUCAAGACUCGAGGAAAAGGUCGCGUCAGACACACAGAAAAAGAGGAGAAUCCAGUUUAUUCCUCGGUGAAAACUCAAGAUGUGUGCCAUUCCCCCAUCAUCAUCAAUGAGACUGGAGAUGCAGCCUCCUGGACGAAGGGAAGAAAGACAGAAACUAAAUGA